UCCACAUUUUCACAUACUGACUCACCUGUUCGUGUUCGCCUGUUGCCAGUGUUACUAUCGGAGUUACCUGGAACCCAGAGUUGCUUCAUGCCUGACACCUGGGGUCCAACAUCAGUCGAAUAUGGAUAGGCCUACACCACGGGCUCGUGAUACAUUUGCUGUGAUAAGGAGUUUCUUUAGGCCUAUAUGUGAACAUGUCAACGUCCAUUGAUGGGUGGGAUUUGGAAGUGGACACCGACGCGUAGGCCUAAACCAAAGGACUUCGAUGAAGCGACAUCACGAAAUGGAAAUGGCAUAGGCUACCUUUUUGAAUUUCCGAUUGGAGGAAAUCACUUUCGACGUUUAGAUGGCUUUGUGGCAACUGUUAUUUUGUAGUUGCCUGCUCGUCCUUCUGUCCAAUACAAGCUCGCUCACCAUCUCCAACACAUCCAAGGGUCUAUAUAAUUGUGUGGCGGAAAAUGCACACAUCGUGGACUGUGGCGAGUCUGCUGUGGAGGUGCUGAACAUCUCGGCGGUAGGGUACCCCUGCUGCCGGCGGCGAGACCGGGGCUGUGCGGCCUGUCUCCAGGUGCGCAUCUGGCUCAAAGUCGCCACCACAGACGAUGAAGGAGGAGAUGAUGAUGACAACGAUGAUGAUGGCAGGAAUGGUGAGGAGGGAAGCUCAACGGAGGAUCAGCAUGUAACUACGCAUAUGUCAAGAGGUCAGAAAUCUGCCUCCUUGAAAGUGUGCUCCACCGUGCCUCUGCAACUCACUCACUGUCAGUGCGUGGAGUGUGGAGUCCAGCUUAAACAUGGGAAUGGGAUAGAGUCUGUGGUGUUGGAAAGAGAUGUACCUUUUGAUGGCAUGCUACACGUGACUGCCAAGGCCAACCGUGGGAUAAAAAAUGUAACCAAAAACAUAACGGCAAGAGGAUCCACAGACUGCAAAAAACUGGGCUGCAGGGAUGCUAGUUCUGAUCCCCCAAAACUAGUACCAAAGGUGGACCUGAAGAAUGGGGAAGUCAAAAUGAAGGUGGAAAAAGCGAAAUCGCGUCCAGUACACAUGUGUUCUAAGCCCAAAGGGGCACAACUUUGUAAGGCUUUCAACGGCACCCUUCCACUGCACUCCAUCACCCCCUGCCUCUGCAUCCAGGCAUGGUGGAAAGACAAAGAUGACCGUUCUGAGAACUGCCCCUUCAGCGGACAGAAUCGGAACAUCAAUUUCCUGAAAGGGCUACCUGAAGAGAAUGCUCUGGCCAAUGUCUCCUCGUCGUUGGAGCUGGGGCGUACCCACAGUGGCGUUGCGGCGCUGUGGUAUAACGUGAGCGUGCCGUGCCAGGGGACAGUGGAGGUGUUGCCGUGCCACAUGGUGGCAGCUGGGCUCUGUCAGGAUGCGUUGGGCGGCAGGCACCUCUACCAGGAGGGGGACCGCGCCUGGUGCAUGGCCACCAAUGGACUGUGGGUGUUAUCAGGGGCAUUCGAGAACAUCCACUCAAACCUGCCUCCUUGCAUAAAGGUGAAGGUCAUGGACAAAGAGCUUGGACCAUGGUGUGUAGAAUACACCAGAAGAUGGCACUGGAGUAUACCCAUCUUUGCAUUGAUGAUGGUUCUUGGCCUUUUCCUCCUUGGGCUGUAUGUGAAAAGGACUACUCUUGAGAAGUACUUUCAGAAGUGGCAAAGGACAAGUCUUCUUCAGGCAGGAAGAGGCCACGUGCUGCUGCUUCACCCACCAUGCGGAGAGGGAAGAGGAGCAGGAGAGCGAGACGGGAAUGCGGAGUCCUCCGUGACAGAGCAGGUGUUGCUGCUGGGCUCUGCCCUGAAGGCCCUGGGCUUCAGCGUGUCCCUGGACCUGUGGAGCCACACAGAGCUGGGCAGCGUGGGGCCCGUGCCCUGGCUCCACGCCCAGAUGGAGCUGCUGCGGACGAGGGGGGGUCGCGCCGUGCUGGUGCUGAGCCGCGGGGCUCUGGAGCAGGCAGAGGAGUGGAGCUGGCUGGGCAGAGGUGGAGUUGGAGGCGGCGACCGGGGACUACAUAGCGGAGGGGGGGUGCAUGAUGGUGGAGGAGGCCAACAUGAGGAUUGGGGCAGAUAUGGUGGAGGAGGAGGGAGGUUGGAGGAAGGGGGGGAAGUAGGGGGCGUAGAAAAUGAGGUGUUCAGCACUGCCCUCAGCUGCCUCUGGGAGGACCAUCGGAGAGGCUGUGCACACAGACGCUUCUCCCUGGUGCAGUUUGACUCGCACAGCCCCUUUCCAACCCCUCCUCACCCACAUGGGCCAGGGAGGUCCACCACAGCAGCCACAGCCACACUCCCGCCACUCUUCCAGGGACUGAGCCUCUACAGCCUGCCCAGAGACAGCCGGGCGUUCGUCCGAGGAGUCAUGGCGGAGAGGCAGGGUGGAGACGGUGUGCUGCAGAGGUGCUGGCAGUCCAGAUGGAUGUCCAGAGAACUGAGGAGGAGGCUGCAGACUACUGGUGUUUAUGCUGCCAAUGGCACUGGAGAACAUUUGUCCAGAGUGCUGGAGGAGAACUCUGUGGAGGAGAGUGUGCCUCUUCAGCCAUGA